UGAAACGUGCCCCAUUUUCGUGACCCGGAAGUGUUUUUUUUAUGUUGCUCACAAGACCCUGGUGAACGUAUAAUAUGCAAACAAUAAUGUAGAUCUAAAUAAUACGAUUUAUAGUUUUUCGCCUAUUACAACACAAAAAACAUGGGAAAAAAGCAUAAAAAGCACAAGCCGGAGUGGAGAACCGUUGAUGACUCUGAAGACAAGCCUUUUGAGAAGCCACUGAAGCUGGUCCUCAAAGUAGGAGGAAGUGAAAUCACAGAACUCUCAGGCUCCGGCCAUGACUCCAGUUACUACGACGACAGGUCAGACCAUGAACGGGAGCGUCACAAGGACAAAAAGAAGAAGAAAAAGAAAAAGUCUGAGAAGGAGAAAGACAAACACUUAGACGAUGACGAGAGGAGGAGACGUAAAGAGGAGAAGAGGAAGAAGAGAGAGCGGGAGCAGAGUGAGGCUGCUGCCUCUGAGGGGGCAGCCUCUGGCAGUGCUGUGGGCUUGCCCAACACCAUGCCCGGUCACUCUGCUGUGGCCGUAGAGCCUUUCAUGCUGCCAAAGAUACCAAACAUUAGUUUUGAGGUGGGUACAGUUUUGCAGCAGGAGGAGAAGAAGAGGAAGAGGGAGAGGUUUGAGAUGGAGUCUGAGAUGAUGGACGACUUUCUUCCCAACAUAAAGGUGGAAGUGGAACAGCAAGGGGAUAGACCUGUCCGGGCAUGCAGGACAGCAACAGAGAGUGAGUGUACCCCUCGACAGCAGCUGUUGGAACACUUCCUGCGCCAGCUUCAGAGGAAGGAUGCCCAUGGGUUUUUCUCCUUUCCGGUGACAGACGCCAUUGCUCCAGGUUACUCUGUGAUCAUUAAACACCCAAUGGACUUCAGCACCAUGAAGGACAAGAUCACAGACAACGAGUACAAAACUGUCACAGAGUUUAAGGCGGACUUCAAGCUGAUGUGUGACAACGCCAUGGUGUAUAACCGUCCGGAGACUGUGUACUACAAGGCUGCCAAGAAGCUGCUGCACACUGGCUUCAAGAUGAUGAGCAAAGAGCGGCUCUUAGCUCUGAAACGCAGCAUGUCUUUCAUGCAGGACAUGGAUUUCUCUCAGCAGGCCGCCAUUUUGGGGGACGAGGACGUGGCAUCGGAGGAGCCCCAGCCGGAGGUCCUACCCAUGCCCGUGGAGUUGGCGUCAGCCAAGAAGUCCAAGAAACAACCCAAAGACAUCAAGGACAUGAAGGAGGUCAUCAGCAGCUACCUCUACGAGCCAGAGGGGAACGCCUGCAGCCUGACUGACAGCACAGCGGAGGAACACGUUCUGGCCCUGGUGGAGCACGCCGCAGAUGAGGCCCGGGACCGCAUCAAUCGCUAUAUGCCCAACUCUAAGAUGGGUUACCUGAGGAAGGAGCCUGAUGGUAAUCUGUUGUACACUGUAGUGAAUCAGCUGGAUCCAGACGCAGAAGAGGAGGAGACUCACCCGGUGGACCUCAGCUCUCUGUCCAAUAAGCUGCUGCCUGGACUGACAACACUGGGUUUCAAAGACGAUCGUAGACACAAGGUGACGUUCCUGAGCAGUGCAUACAACACCCAGACCCUGCAGAACAACUCCAUCUACCCCGACCUGCUUCCUGAUGAGGUGGACCUGCUCUACUCAGCCUAUGGGGACGAGACCGGGGUUCAGUGUGCUCUCAGUAUCCAAGAGUUUGUUAAAGAUUGCGGGAACGUUACGAAGCGUUUUGUGGACGGGCUGCUGGAUAAGAUGACUGCAGGAGAUCACUCGAAGGCUAUCUUCCAGAUCCGACAGAAAAGAAACAUGACCUUACCUGAUGAAAUGAAGACCAGCAUCUGUGAUAUGCAGGUGGCUGAUGGGACAGUUCUAGGAGAAGGUAGCUCUGUGCUGGACUUCAUGUCCAUGAAGAGCUACUCAGAUAUGUCUCUAGAGAUGUCCAUGCUCAACUCAUUAGGUAAGUCUGUGAAGAAGGAGCCGGAGCACGAUGACGGUAGCAGCCAGCAGCAUUUUGAAGAGGCAGCCAAGCUCCUGCAGGAGUUUCAGGAAGGCCAGGUGGAGAGGGGAGGCUCCAGGCCUUCCUCCAACCUCUCCUCCCUGUCGGGCACCUCUGACAGAGACCAGCAUCACCUGGGGAGUCCUACUCACCUGGGUGUUGGCGACCAGUCUGAGAUGGUUCACGACCCUUAUGAGUUCCUUCAGUCUCCAGAGCCUGGCUCCACAGCCAACCCAUGAUCCACAUGAACUGGGAUACAACUGGAAAUAAGGAAAUAACUCCCACCAGGUUGUUGAGAAAUCCCUGUUGUAGACUCCUGGAAUUUGGCAGGGAGCAGGGCAACUAGAGUUUCUCCAAUAUUCAGCCAAUAUUUCUGGAGAAUUGGGAAUUUUGGGAAAGGUACCAGAAAUAAUUUAUCCCGACCGGCCAUUGGUCCACUUUCAGAUACUGUUUUAUUUUCCAUGUGUCUUGUUUCGGGUUGGUUGAUCUGAUCCUAGAUCUGUGGUCAGGAGGAAACAUCUGGUGCUGAUCCCAUUUUAACAUCACUGGUUUGUUGUCUUUGCUCCAGCACAGCAUGGACGAGGAGAACCUUUGGCAUGUUAUGAACUCAUGAUUGUACAUAUUUCAAUGUGUGCUGAACUUACGAGAAUAAAGAUGUUUUUAAUACAGUAA